AUGUCGAUGGAAAGGCGACGGCAGACACGUAUCUAUAACCCGCGUAGAUCAAAGGUCUUCAAAUGGGCUUCAAAUGACAUACCAACCAACCAACUCGACCUCCCGGAGACUUCAUUCUAUCUAGCGAAAAUUUUGUGUUUUGGGUCCUAUUACGGAAUGUCGAAUUCGCCGCUCUCCGUCAAAACCACCUCAUCCAAGGCAUCUCUAGACAUAUACUUUCUUCGAACGUCUGGUCUUCGCUUCUCCUGCUGUCUUCACACCAGGCACAGUAACGAACGUACACUUACGAAGCAAGUCCAAUCCUGUACUUUAUGCGCCAUGAAGCCUGCCUGGAUCGCUGAUGUUGCCACUCGUGGUAGUUCUAUCUGGCAGGUGAUGAUGGCUCGGGAUGGAAAAUGUUUGACCUCUGAGACCGGUGAUAGGCCUGAUUCUUGGUUCUUAUACGCAUCGCGAAUCCCACCUCACACGCCCGGUUCCUCACUUUUCACUGCUCAAGGACGACAUACCCUGCGGCAUCUCCAGCGGCAAGCCCUAAUGGAUGGAGCCAUCCCUGCCGUUCUUCGAAAAUUCUCUGGAUUCUUUUUCUCAUUGUCACGGUCCAGGAGGCGGGCAGAGGGAAUCACAACCUGUCGAUCCCGCCAUGGAUCGCGAAUGCUGCAGCCUGACACGCCACUCUGCGAUCCGAAGAAAGGCCACCGACUGGGUAGAAGGAUGAGCAAAGGGAAACCCAUCGCCCGAAUUGGCCAGAUGUCCGAGCGCGUGUUGUCGGUGAAUGCUCUUGGUCGAAAAAACAGUAACAAGAAAGUUCCAUCCAUGGGGGUGAAUGCCAGUACCUCGACGCGAAAACUGCCUCUGCGAUGUGUAGUGACUUGCAUUUGUAUCGGAAUCACCGAGAACGUGUGGUGUGUGGAUUUUACCAUGACUCGUCGCCGUGAUGAGCCAUCGCCUGAGGUGUAUACGACUCCCAUUUCACUUUUUGAGGCGCAACAUAACAACAACCAGUCAGUCUGGGAAGUCGAGAGUAAGCAACUGGAAAUCCACCAGGACAGAACUGGAAUGAGCAAUUUCAUCGGUGUGAUUUUGAAGCUGUGCUGGAGCCAGAUCCUCUCAACCGAGUGGCAUGAUCCCGGCGUUUAUGCCUGCCGCUCGCAUUUCUUGACUGAACAUAUCAGCACACACAAGGCAUCUCACGCGGAAGAGGCGCUCGCGAGUAUAUCAGGUCCAGCUGUACAACACGGAGCUUAUGGCGAUGGGUUUUCGGCCGGCAACACCACCAAAUACGUUGACAGAUCCUCGCAAUGGUUGCUUUGCUGGAAAUCUGUAGAAAAAUCAGCUGACGUUGGAAAGCCUCCAGUUCAGCGGAGUGUGGAGUUUCGUGCGAUUUUCGAUGCCUUUCCCAGCCAACACCAGUUCAGUGCCAACGUUGAGCUGGAAGGAGUCGAGGAAGGCACAUGGCUGACUCUGGAUGUCACCUUGAUGGCCCCAACGCUGUCCUUGGCCCAGCAGCGAGUCAAAAGCAUUCCGGUACGCGAAUGGCAUGUUGCAGGCAUGAAGAGACGUGGAUGGUGGUGUGUUGGAAAGCUUGAUGCGUCGUCUGCUCAAUCGGAAUUGGACCGAUAUCAACCACGAGUGUUAUGUGCCGGAGUGAGGCAACUUGCUUCGACAUUUGGCUUGUCGUAUGAAUCAGGUCGCAUCGCUUGCCAGGCAGAAGGCGUCCGAGUCCAGAUUGGCAGAAGGAGAAAUGUUGAAACUUGCCGGCCAGCAGAAUACACGCAUUGCCUUACGAUUUGGGAUGGCCCUUGUGACCUUCUCUGGAGCAGAGGCAUCAAAUCGAGAGCACGAAAGCUCGCAGGAGGUACGCGGCCAAUUGGGCAGCCAGUGGAGGAGGUUUUGCAACUUCGCCCACGCAUAGGAGACAGCAUCACUGUGGGAGAGCAGCUUGCCAGGCUUCUCCUCAUGCACGACAAUCAGGCACAGGCCAUUGCGGCAGCAAGUAGAAGAUGCCUUGCGAGCAAUGUGCCAAUGUACGUACCAGAAGGUCCAUGUUUUCAUGCCGAUAAAAACGAUGUGAAGAACCUGAAGUGGAAGGGAUGCGAUGUUUCAGCUCUGACACCUGUCGGAGACGCUGUGAUCAGUUAUGGCACCCUUGAUGUUGGCACUUUUGAAGUCCCACAUCUUCAGAAACGCAGCCAGCAGCCAGCACGUCAACUUCAUGAUACAGGAGCCUUCGAAAGGGAUGUUGUUGUGCAUUCCCAUGGAGCCUUACGAGUCGAGAGAAGGAAAACGUUGCAGAGCUGA